UGCGGAGCGGCAACCUGUUCGGCAGUAUGUAGCGCAUGUGGGAAGUUUCAGAAUAGGUCAGGACACCGAUGAGAAUUGCUACGCUCCUCGAUGAUGGGUCUCGCUGACAUUAGGCACCGACCGCAGUAUGGCUACGAGAAUCGCCUACGCCUUCAUCCUCUUGAUCAACUCGAUUGUCUCAUGGAUAAUGCUUACGCCGUGGGCGCUAAAGAAAUUACAACACAUGACAUUAGAUUAUAUGGAAAUCAGAUGUGACGGGAAAGAAUGCUAUGGUUGGGUGGCCGUCCAUCGGAUCAAUUUCGGUCUGGGUCUCUUCCAUUUGAUCCUCGCGUUUAUGCUGCUCGGCGUCAGGACUUCCAAAGACGGCCGUGCGGUGCUUCAGAAUGGAUUCUGGGGACCGAAGAUCAUCCUGUGGCUUGCGCUCGUUGUGGCUUCGUUCUUCAUUCCCGAGUCAUUCUUCUUCGUGUACGGCCACUAUAUCGCCUUCAUCUGCGCCAUGCUCUUCCUUCUGCUCGGAUUGAUUCUUCUGGUGGAUCUGGCGCAUUCCUGGGCUGAGGUGUGUCUGCAGAAGAUUGAAGAUAGCGAUUCGCGGACCUGGCGGGGUCUCCUUAUUGGUUCCACUGUGGGCAUGUACGUUGCGUCUCUUGCCAUGACGAUUUUGAUGUACGUCUUCUUCGCCCACAGCGGAUGCGCCAUGAAUCAGGCGGCGAUUACCAUCAACCUUAUUGUUUUCCUCAUCAUUUCGAUCAUAUCCGUGCAGCCCAUCGUGCAGGAAUCCAACCCCAGGGCCGGAUUGGCCCAGGCAGCGAUGGUCACAGUCUAUUGUACCUACCUGACCAUGUCGGCUGUGUCCAUGGAGCCAGAUGACCGCCAGUGUAACCCUCUGAUUCGUGCCCGAGGUACGAGAACGGCUAGUAUCGUUUUGGGCGCCAUUGUCACCAUGGCUACCAUUGCUUAUACCACGACCCGCGCAGCCACCCAGGGCAUUGCGCUAGGGUCCAAGGGAGGUCACAACUACUCGCAGCUAGGGAUGGAUGACAACGAGCAUGGUCUUGUGACCCAGCAGCCAACCAGUCGCCGUGAGAUGCGGGCCGAGGCUCUUCGUGCCGCCGUCGCGAGUGGCAGUCUACCCGCCAGUGCGCUGGAUGACAGCGACGACGAGUCCGACGAAUACGACACCAAGGACGACGAGAAGGGAUCGACUCAAUAUAAUUACUCUCUGUUCCAUAUCAUUUUCUUCUUGGCGACCACCUGGGUGGCCACCCUGCUCACCCAGAACUUGGACCCAGAGGCCGCAGAUGACUUUGCUCCCGUCGGCCGAACCUACUGGGCCAGUUGGGUGAAGAUCAUCAGCGCCUGGGUGUGCUAUGCGAUCUAUCUGUGGACUUUGAUCGCACCGGUGGUUCUACCGGACCGCUUCGACACCUACUAGGCCCAGUCGAAACGUAUCACCGGGAGUUGGGCGUUGACAGCGAUGUUUGUGAUUCUUUCCGUAGUGUACAGUUCUGCGUUCUACGUCAUAGUUUGAUGCGCGAGUGAAUCCUUAUCAUUACGGAGUACACGAGACGACUCUGCUUUUCUGCUGCUUGUUUUCUUGGCCAUUCUGCCUGUAUGAUAGU